AUGAAUCAUGGGAUCACUUCAAUGGGGAGAUCUAAUUGUUUGAUUCUGCUUCAGAGGAGGUUUGCUGGUUCACAACAUAGUUUUCAAAAGACUCUGCUGUUACCAAAAACUAAAUUUAGUAAUAGAUCUAAUUUGCAAAAAACGUAUGAUAUCUUAACACCACAAUGCUCUGAUCAGUUGUAUGCUCAGCAGUGGGAUGAAUUUAUGGGGAAACUUACCAAGAUUCAAGAUCCUAAGGUCAAAUUGAAGUUUGUAGAGGAAAAUUUAUUUGUUAUACAAGAUGGUCCUCCUUAUGCCAAUGGUGAUUUACAUUUUGGACAUGCGUUAAACAAAAUUUUGAAAGAUGUUUUGAACAGAUACAAUUUGAUUAAGGGCAAGUACGUUUAUUUUAGAACUGGCUGGGAUUGUCAUGGGCUUCCCAUUGAGAUGAAAGCUUUGAAGGAAAUAGAUCCAAAUAAGUUAGAGACGAUAUCUCCCUUGAAAAUUAGAUCAAUUGCUGCUAGUCAUGCCAAAAAAGCAGUUGCUUCCCAAUUGAAACAAUUUAAAGAUUUCGCUAUUAUGACAAAUUGGAACGAUCAUUAUGAAACUGUACAACCAAAAUAUGAAAUUGAUCAGCUGAAAGUCUUUCAUCAAAUGUAUAAAAGGGGUUAUAUUAGAAGACAAAACAAACCUGUAUUUUGGGGAACUGAAACAAGAACUGCAUUAGCUGAAAGUGAAUUGGAAUAUAAUGAAAAACAUGUCUCUAGAGCAGCAUAUGUUCGAUUCCCAUUAACUGAAAAUUCUAAAAACCAAUUCGUAUCAAAAAUAAAACAACAUUCGAAUGAGCUACCUUCACAUAUAGAUAAUAUCGAAAAUAUUUAUUGUUUAAUUUGGACAAGUACACCAUGGACAUUAUUUUCUAACAGAGCAAUUAGUUAUAAUAAGAAUUUCAAUUACGUUUUGAUUUCACAUACUGAGAACUCAAAUGAUCUUACAAUUGUUGAAAAGACUUUGUUCAACCAAGUUGAAUCAUUAAAAGGAUAUCAAGUUAUUUGCGAAAUUCCUGGUGUUUUCCUAGAAGAUAUUAAAUAUCAUAAUCCAUUGAUUGCUGAUGAAAUCUCAAGACCAUUACUUCAUGGUGACCAUGUUACAAAUUCAACGGGUACAGGUUUAGUUCAUACUGCCCCAGGUCAUGGUGCUGAUGAUUAUAUGUUGGGUGUUAAAAAUGAACUAGAAAUUUACUCACCAGUUAAUAAUAGAGGUGAGUACGACUUGAAGCAAAUUCCUAAUCAUCUACAUUCUUUGUUGACUGUUCCAGAAUCAAAAAAAUCAAGGAAUGUUCUUGAUAAGAAUACUACUGAUGUUAUUUUGGAACUACUGAGUAAAUGUGGAAUGUUAGUAAAUCAUCAUUCUUAUACCCAUUCAUAUCCAUAUGACUGGAGAUCUAAGAAGCCUAUCAUUAUUAGAGCUACUCCUCAAUGGUUUGCAGAUUUAAGUGAUGUUAAAACCAAUGCAUUGAACUCUUUAGAAUCAGUAGAAUUCUUUCCAAGACGUGGUAAAAAUAGAUUAUCAGCAUUCAUAAGGGGAAGAAAUGAAUGGUGUAUCUCGAGACAAAGAUACUGGGGUGUUCCAAUUCCAGCAUUCUAUAGAAAGGAUGAUCCAGAACAUGCAUUGAUAUCUGACGAAAUUAUUGAACAUGCCAUUAAUACUAUCUCGAGAAAGGGUAUAAACUCAUGGUUUUCUCCUUCAGAAGAAGAUGGUUCUGAUAUGGUAGAGUGGUUACCUCCUUCCAUGUCUGAUGUAGCAAACCAGUACAUACGUGGUAAAGAUACUAUGGAUGUUUGGUUUGAUAGUGGAUCUGCUUGGAAAGAUAUGGAACGCUUCUAUAAAGAAGUUUUAAACUUGGCGAAAACACCUCAGCUUCUUUCGGAUAUAUAUUUGGAAGGUUCAGAUCAACAUAGAGGAUGGUUUCAAAGUUCGUUAUUGACAAAAGUGGCAGAUUCUCAUCAAUCUAUAGCUCCAUUCAAGACCUUGAUUACACAUGGUUUUACAUUAGAUGAAAAUGGGAUUAAAAUGUCCAAAUCAAUUGGAAACACUAUUUCACCAAAAGCUAUAAUUGAAGGCAAUGAUAAAUUAAAUUUACCUGCUUUGGGAACUGAUGGUUUACGUUACUUGGUAUGUCAGACUGACUUCACUAAUGAUAUUGUAGCUGGACCUUUGGUCAUGACACAUGUGGCUGAAGCUUUGAAGAAGUUCAGACUAACAUUCCGCUAUUUGCUAGGAAACUUACAGACAGGUAACUUUAAAGUUAUGCCAUUUAAUGAACUUCGUCGUCUUGACCAAUACAUUAUAUCAUCAUUGAAUGAGCUAUUGCAAAAUUCAGAUAAAAAUUUUAAAGAUUAUAACUUCUCAAAAGUACUAUCUGGUAUCCAAUAUCACAUGAAUAAUCAUUUAUCUGCAUUUUAUUUUGACAUAUCUAAAGACUCUUUAUAUUCUGACCAUAUCGAUUCACUAAAGAGAAGACAAAUCCAAAGUACUCUUUUCUAUAUAAUGGAUUCUUAUCGUUCCAUUUUAGCUCCAAUCACUCCAAUUUUAGUUCAAGAUGCAUGGAAUUACUUGCCAAAAGAAUGGUAUAGUGAUGAGGUUGAUAAUACUAUUUCACCAAUGAAAAGGGAAUGGCCAAAGUUCACCAAAGAUGACCAAUUGAAAACAUCUUUUGAAAUUUUUGAAAUGGCAAUCUUUAAAGAGUUUCAAUCCCUAUUUCAAGAAAUGUCCUCAACUGUAACCAAAUCUGAACAAACAUCAGUACUUAUCAAUGCAGUAGGAACUGAAUUCCCAUUUUCAGAAGAUGAACUAUGUGAUAUACUUAAAACCUCAAGUGUUAAAAUAAUUAAUGAUAAGACGUCAAUAAUUGAGAAUAACCAUAACUCCAAGAUUAUAAAAUUACAAAGUGGAGAUGAAGUUAUAAUGUCUAUUAUACCUAGCCCAUUACAUAAAUGUCCAAGAUGUUGGAAAUCAACUUCAGAAGAACAGGAUAAACUAUGUAAUAGAUGUGAAGAAACUAUUCAUGUGAAUACAACAAAUUUGUAA